UUGUGUUUAUAUUUUUAUGAAUACUUAAAAAGUUUUAUAAUUAUUAAUCUUACUAUUUAAAAUAAUUAUCUUAUUCAGUAUAUUGUUGUUAAUAUACUCAAUUAAACAUGGCUUGUCCGUCAUUUAAUUUAGUUGAAUCAAUCAUCGAUGAGGUUGCGCUAGAAGGGUUAGACGGCAUCACCUUACAAGCAUUGUGGAUACGAUUAGCAAACAGAUUUCAUGAUCCAUUACCAUUACCCAAGCCAUUCAUGGAACAGGUAUGGCUAAUAUGUAAAAAAGUAAAGGACUUUUCAUAUUACAAAUUGAAGACUCCGAGAGAACCAUUUGUCAUGUUUGAUCGUUACGAGUUUGUACAUCCUGAUCUUGGUAUCAUUUUGGAGCCACCAAAUGUUCCACCAGAUAUUUAUCCUCAUUGCCCUAUACAAGAUUCUAAGUCAGGCGUGAGAGGAUCUUGUUCCACAUAUUACACGAGAACAGAUGUAAAAAAUGAUGUUAAAAAUGCGAGUCUGGAUGAAGUGACAGAAAAGUAUGGAUUAAGUUUAGUGAUUGUAGCAUCUCAAUCAGUCAGAACACGAGCUUUGGUGGAUAUUAAUGUGAAUCCAACAUUAGAGUUGACUAUUAUGCAUUAUUGUUUCUUGGAGAGGGUUGGAAGAGCUCGUUAUCAUGGCGAGGUUACUCAAGGCAAACUCAGUUUAGCCGCGCUCAAAGAAGAUCCGAAAACCUUGUAUUAUCAUCGAAAGUUUCUGCUUCAUCACAAACUAAUUACAAAGCAAGUCCACCAUCAGAAGAGCGCCGGGCAUUGCGGCAGCGGCAGUCUGUUGCACCUACCACGUUUCUACGUAGAGCGAAAGCCAAAGAUGAUCUACUUGGCGGAACGAGUGCUUGAGAUUCUGAGGUCCAAGGAAAACGGUGUGGCUGAGUAUGAUGAAAUCAGAAGAAAGCUAGGGAUCGAAAGUUCCAUCAAGAAAUUGUUUAAGUCUUCCUUUUUUCAAAAGAUUGUAAAAACGGACAUCUGUGUACCGUACAGGACUUUGUAUCCUAAUGCCGAAUCCAAUGAAUGGCGACAGAAACAAGAUCCCGCGAAGGAGAAGAAGAUUAGGGUAGUGCAAGUGCUAUAUCCAGACGUUGAUGUUGCUGAUUUAUGGAAUAAGGAUGAGAAGGAUGACGAUGAAGAUGUCAUUGAGCUGGAUAUCUCCAAUCAUAAGUACAACGAUCCUUAUCUGAAGCAAGCUAAUACUGUUAUCGAAGCGAGUCAACUAGAAGGAUUAUCACAAGCUUUACUGGGAAAAGAGAUGGGCCUCCCCAAAUUGCAAGCUCGAUCAUUCUUAAGGAAUAUGGUAAAGAUGAAGAUCAUUGCGACGUAUAUGAAUGAUAUGGGCCGACAAAGGAUCACGAAAUAUGUGUCGAAGAAAUUUGAGAAAAGCAGCAAUAUGAGCAAGCAAUUUAACAAGGAGAUGCACAAGAUUAAGCAGCUCACCAAAAUGAUGAAAGGGGACGAAAAAAAUUUAAAGAACAAAGCGAAUUUACAAGCGGAAAAGUCUUGUGCAAAGCAUGAAGACGACGAAACAAAUAAAAAAUCGGAAGUUUGCGUCGAUCAGAUCGAUGAAUCUGUCGUCAAUAAGGAUAAAGAAACGGAUAAAGAUAAAAAGGAAAAUAAGAAUACGAGUGCACAUUGUGUUAGAAAGGCCAUAGAACUGAAAAAUUUAUUCUACACUGUCAAUAGAAUUUUGCAUAAGUAUCAUUUGUCGAAAUGUUGUUCCAAGUACAAGUGCACAUCGACGCAGUCUUUGCUAGUAAAAACGAAGGAGAAGGUCAAUAUCAACGCGGAGGAGCAGAAAGCGAAACCUAGUGGUUCAACUAUAUCUAUGCAGCAAAUUGCGAAUGACGCCAAAGCCACGUCAUUUUACAACAGUAUAAAGACAAAUCUGACCGCGCAAAAGCCAUAUCGCACCGGAAAGGGAGUCAGCGAAGUUCUUGGCUUUAAGGAAGUCUUGAAGAGCAAGACCUCUAAUGUUACAUACAGAUUGUUGAGACGUGCUAACAUGAUCAUGGAGGCAGUGAAGGAGCACCAGGUGAUCGACGAUACGACGAAGCUUAUGAAGAUGAUCUGCGAGGAGGAGGAGAAAGAAGGUUAUGAUGUGAAAAUCGACAAAAAAUCUCUCAUCAGGCUGCUGCAGAAACUCGCCAAGGAUAACUUGGUGAAGAACAUCAAACUGACUUUGAGCGUGUGCGGGCACGAGAAAAAUCUGACUUUCAUCUGCGAUCCGAACAUCAACACCGAUCAUACGGUGAUCAAGUCAGCUGUUGAGCAAGCAAAAGUCAAGUUUUGCCUGUUAGCGUCGCAGAAAGUGAAACUGCUUGCGAAAAAAAUGGCGGAAAAACAGGACAAAGAGGACAAAGAGGAUAAGACAGAUGUUAGAAAACAAGAGCUCGGCAAGACGAAGGAUAUGACGCCCAUUAAGAACUACACGUACGACACCAAAGCUGGCAAACUCUACGGUUUCAGUCCGAAGUUCAUCAGGAUGCAGACGAUGCACGUCCUGAUCUUCUACCUGGUCUACGAUCAUCCUGGCACGCCAAAGUUAUCGCAGCAGGAGCACGUGGAACUUCUCAGGUCUAACGGUUACGAGAUCAGCGACGAUCUCGCCCAGGAAUUCAGUAUCAUUUACACCACAGAAGUCGGCUGGAAAAUGUUCGUGCCGCCGUUGCCCAAACACAGUGGAUGGACCGAAGGCUGGGCGCUGAUGUGCGACAUUCUGCUCGGACUGCCCUUGUCGAUCUUCGCCAAGGUGCACAACAUCACGUUCAUAAUACCGGAGUUGGAGCCGUACUUGAAUCAUCCGAUUAAAAAGCAUUACCUCGUCAAGAAUCUUCCGGUCUCCAUCCGGAACACUCUCUUGCAUGCGCGGAAGUAUAUAUUCAAUAUUCAUGAUACCGUAACGAGAUUGAGUUACAUCGGCCUGGUGCAAUUUGGCCCGCAGCGGCUGAAAGAUAAAGAUCAAGUAUUUAUCUAUGCAAAUCGGCGCACAGAAUUGAUGGACACGAUCUCUUCGGCGCCGAGCUAUCAUAAGAUCGAGGACAAGGUGUAUCCAGUCACUAAGUACUUCUUCGAUCGCACACAGGAUGUUGAAAAAUAUUGGUAUGAUAUGUGGACUAUUUGCGUUAAUACGCCACUUGGCGGGAGACUGGUGGUGCACGGCAAGGAUAUCCUACUUGAGGAUCUGAGCAAGAAGAAUGCCAUGAUAGAAGCGAUUACAGCACGCACACCGAAGGAGACCAUCGAAAAGGACGAUGGCACGGUUCCUGGAGAUCGCAAAGGGGCGGCUGGCAUCGAUUCAGCUUUCUUCGCGCAUCUGAAACGCAACUGGAACUGGUCGAACAAUUAUAAUAUGCGUCAGCAGGUCUCCAGAAAUCAGGGGAAAUCUGGCAAAGGCCAACGGGAUCUGCAUCUCUCGAACGUUGAAGCGAAGCCAGUAAAUUAUAAGGAAUACGACGGUUUGAAAAAAGUUUCCGGACCGCCGCCGCCUACGCUCAGCGCGGCAGAGUUGCGGAAGAAGGUAUACGAUCACCUCAGCAGCACUGGACGGAAGAAUGAGGCCCUACCGUCGCAUCAGUCCACCAAGCAGAAGGCUUUUGUGCGACGAGUGAUGCCGCGCAAGAAAGGCGCCCGGCGUGUCAAGUACGACGAGGACGAUUAUCGGGCGAUGCAGCGGAUGCACAAGCUGCGGGUGGACUGGGAGCCGCACGAGGAUAACAUCCUGUUGGUGUGCAAAGUAGCGACGAUGUACCUGUCGCCAAAUCCUCGCAAACAGGUGGUGACCUUCAUAGCGGUGCGCGACGUGCUGCGCACUUUCUCGUACAAUUCGUACAACAAGACCUCGCGCGCAUGCCAGCGCCGACUGAUGUACAUGCUGAAGCAAUCGCGCACGGUGGACAGCGUGACGCUGGGCGUCGAGGAGAUCAAGCAGGAUCCGUUCGUCGACAGGCGGUACGGCGGCGCGAUGGACAGAUUGAAGGGCGAGUGCGCGAACCCGGCGGAAUACGAGAAGCGGGCUACGGAGGUCUUCAAGGAGCUCGUCGACUACAUCGUGAAAAAGUAUUACGACAUAACGGAAAUCAAGCCGAAGAAACAUACGGCGAUGCCGAAAACCGCGCAGGAGUUUAAUCUUCUUUUCGAAGUGGUCCAUCCGGCGAAGCCGCACAAUAAUCAGAGCUUCACAGACGUGCGAAGUACGAAUGACAUUUACUCGGUGACUAUCAACUCUGUCAUACACAGUUCUAUGUGCUGCGGAAAGGAUAGGCGCUGCUGGGCCUAUCAGCUCUUCAAGGUGUACCAGCACUAUCCAGAGACGCUUCUAAGACAAGCAAUGAGCAAGAUCCGAUCGGAUCAAAUGGUAACUGUGAAGAAGCACCACUUGGCGACGAUUAAGAAGUUCGGCAAUUACAUGCCGAUGAGCAGCUCACAGUACCAAUUAAGCAUCAACUACAUCUACAAGCUUCAGACCAAGUGGCCUUACGACAUGUUCAAGGAGUCGUACGAUAUUUUUGUGAGAUUGCUGCAAUGGUAUUCGGAGCACAGAAGCGCCGUUUCCUCGCGUGAACAGGAAAAAGCGUUCAACGGUACUGAAAUUCUGCCGAUUUCCAGCGGCAUAGUCACCGCCAUGCACGAUCUCCUGGCACGCGGUCAAAUCGACUUCGACAUCGAGAUGCCGGAGCAAGUCAUUAUGCUGGACGCAAAAUAUCAGGGCAAGGACGAGACUUACUUCAAGGUCGCGCAGAGAUACCAAGACAUUUUAACCAGAUUGUAUCGCUUCAAGUUCGAGAACGUUGACGCUCAGAAUACUGAAUUUUUUGAGCUUGAAAUGGAAACACCGGAAGGAAGUGAAACGAAAACACGUGAAACACAAGAAGACUCUUUGAAAAGGAGGAAACCCACCGAGGAUAAUGAUUUCGAAGAACCGAUGUCAAAGAUGCCUCGUAAGGGCGAGAAAUCUGAUGGAAGAAAACGAGAGAAAAAAUCUCAAAGCAAAAAUAAAGUGUCAACGGAAGAGGAAUCGGCUGGCAAGAGUGUCGAGCAUGAAGGAUCGAAGGAUUGUCCCAGUGUCGAUGAACAAAACAAUUCUACAAAAAAAAGUGUGUUGAAAAGGAAAGCUAUCAGUGAAGAGGAUUCUAUUGACUGUGAAGAGUCGUCGUAUCCGAAAAGAACAAAAAUGAACUCUGAAGAUUCGUUGGAUAUAGAAGAUAUAGAGGAAGAUGAGGAAUCGAAUUUGUGCGAGGAUCUUGAAAGCAUUGGAAGGAUACUUCCGAGCACCUCCAAAUCUCUGAAACCAAUGAAAGAAUUGAAAGAGCAAGCGAAAGAGAAAGCUUUGUCGACGCAACUGAACAGCUCGACCGACGUGACUUCGGUUCCUCGACUCGUCAGUGAGAUUAUCAGAAAUAUGCCAUCUGAGACGAACUACUUUAGUCCUUACGCCAAGAUUGUGGACACAAAUGACCAAAAGAAGUACACUAGAAUAGCGAUGCUGAGGAUGAGAGAAGAAUUAAACGAUCUCGCGAUGAAUGGCAGUCAUCAUGCGCAUGAAUACUUUGUAGUCAACAGCUUUAGGAUGUUUUACAAUUUGGAGACGUCGGCAGUUUCGUCUACGUCUAGCGACGUUGAGGAUUUUAAAGAAUUUUCCAUACCCAGUCAGCUCUUGCCAUUGAAAAUCGAGAGUAUAAAUAAUCUUCUCAGCGAACUGAAUCAAAAUGCCAUUUUCCCAAAAAAUGGCAUUUCUUACACGGAUUACAAGGACGAAAUAGCGAGGAAGAAGAAGAAAAUACCGGUCGAUUGGCAACAUGUCGACGCAGUGUGCAAGUUCGUUCGAGAGAGGAAAGAAAUCGGCGUUCGUCCGCAGGAGUUGCUGGAGCAAUUUUUUGAUAAGCAAGGAGCAGAUUUGUACAAGAUCGUUUCGCUCUUAACGGAAAAUCAUAUAUUUGUGCGCUCUGGCGUCACCAAUCCGCGCUAUAUUCAUAAUCGAUACGCGGAUCCUUGGCUAAUCCAUUCCUACAAGAUAUAUCGUCUGGAACAUGAGUCGGUAGCGCCGUUCAAAGAAAGCAUAUAUGCCACGAUGCAACAAGGACAGACAGCUGAGACGAAUAUUGAAGUUACUGAAUGUAAAGAAGACACAAAGACACAUGAAACAGUACAUGCAAUACCAUCAACGUCAUCAAAUAAUCAAGAAGAAAAGGAAAAGAAAGACGAAAAAGCGCAUAGUAAUGUAAAUAUUGAGGAGAAAAAGAAGGAAGACAAUGAAGAGAAUAGUACACAUACGAAAAAAAGAGUGCACAAUCCAAAGGCAUAUUUACUUGCACAAAAGGAAGUGUACAAAUCCGCGCAACAAUUAGAUUUCACAACGGCCGAGGAAAUAAAAGUCAUUAUAAAACCGUGGAUUCGUAUCGACGGUGUUCUGAAUCGCAAAGUAUUGGAUCGCAUGCUGGGAGCAGUUCUGAGUUACUGUUUGCUCCAUCCCGGACUUACCAUGACGAAGGUGCAAAGUAGAUUCAUCCCCGCCUUACAGCCCUUCCAUACACGCGAAUUGCUCGAGAUGCUGAUUAAACUGGGUUGUUUAGAAAGUAAGCUCUUGAGGAAAACGAGUGUUACCUUAUUUUCGCGGCCAUCUACGAUCAAGAUCAAGAAUUUAACUGCAGAUACUGUCGGUUGGUCUGCUGAAGAUGAAAUAGUGCUCGAGCCUGCCAUAGACGCUAUAUUAAAGUUUAGCAUUUUCUUGAGCACGAGAACAUAUAGCACGGAUUUUGUGCCAUAAUAUUACUGUAUUGUAUGUAUUAUAUAGUCUAUUUUUUAUUCGUGAUAUUAUUGGAAACGUGAUAAAAAUGUUGUGCAAAAAUAUU